AGUGCUCUGCUCCUUCACUCUUUAAUGUCAGCUUGCUUCCUCCUCCUGAGAGUUGCUGUAGCCGAACACUUGCAGAAACUGCCUCCUGCCCUCUUACCUUAAUGAUGGCUAGGCGGCCAAGACACAGUGUUUACAGUAGUGAGGAAGAUGAUGACGAUAUCGAGAUGUAUGACCACGAUUACGACGGGCCGCUGCCAAAGAUGGGGAAACGUCACCUCGGCAAAACGAGAUGGACGCGGGAAGAAGAUGAGAAAUUGAAGAAGUUGGUUGAAAACCAUGGCUCAGAGGACUGGAAAGUAAUUGCCAGCUUCCUUCCUAACCGCACAGACGUGCAGUGUCAGCAUCGAUGGCAGAAGGUGCUGAACCCAGAACUCAUCAAGGGACCGUGGACUAAGGAGGAAGACCAGCGGGUGAUUGAGCUGGUGCAGAAGUACGGACCCAAACGCUGGUCUGUCAUCGCCAAGCACCUGAAGGGCCGGAUCGGCAAGCAGUGCCGGGAGCGCUGGCACAACCACCUCAACCCCGAGGUGAAGAAGACCUCCUGGACCGAGGAAGAGGACCGCAUCAUCUACCAGGCGCACGAGAAGCUGGGGAACAGAUGGGCCGAGAUCGCCAAGCUGCUGCCCGGACGGACUGACAACGCCAUCAAGAACCACUGGAACUCCACCAUGCGGAGGAAGGUGGAGCAGGAAGGGUACCUCCAGCACUCCGCCAAGGCAGGCCAGCCGGCCCUGGCCGCGAACUACGCCAAGGCCAACCACAUCAUGGGGUUUGGCCACUCCUCCCCCUCCUCGCAGAUGCCGGCCCAGUCCCCCAUCAGCCCCGACUAUCAGUUCUUCCAGGUGGACAGCCAACGGGUGCCUUUUCCUGUGUCCUUGCACGUCAACAUCUUGAACAUCCCCCAGCAUGGAGCUGCUGCUAUACAAAGACACUAUAACGACGAGGACCCAGAGAAGGAGAAGAGGGUGAAGGAGAUAGAGCUACUGCUGAUGUCCACUGAACACGAGCUGCGCGGCCAGCAACCCUUACCGCCACAGAUACCCAGCUAUGCAGGCUGGGCUCGUGCGGCCAUGCUCGAGGGUGGGGGGCCGCUGGGGGAAGGCGUGGCCAUUUCCUGCCUGGGGGAGCAGCAGCAGCGGGCCGCGGCCCCCCCUCCGCCGCUGGACCACGGGUGCCUCCCCGAGGAGAGCGCGUCCUCGGGCCGGAGCGGGACGCACUCCGCCCUGCCCGAGUACAUCGACUGCGUCAUCGAUUCGUUUUUCAACACAUCAGGGGGUCAGGACAGCUCAGAGAUGGACGGCCUCUCGCUGUCUUCCGGGCCUGGGUGCACCCCGAAAUCCUUGAUUUCCCCCUUACACCGGGACCACGCCCUCAAACCCCAGAAAGAGAACGACAUUUUCAGGACCCCGAAUCUGCGAAGGUCGAUUAUGGAGACGUCCCCUCGCACCCCCACCCCUUUCAAGACUGCACUGGCGCACCACGACAUCAACUUCAACUCCCUAAAAAUGCUGCCUCAGAGUUCCCACCUGGAGCCGAACCUGGCGGAGGUCAUCAAACAGGAGCCCAUGGAGGCCGAGAUCUCUGCUGGGAUUCAAGCAGACGCCCAGCCGGCGCUGAAGAAGAUCAAACAGGAGGUGGGGUCUCCGUGCGAGAGGAGACACUGUCUCCAGUGGGAAGAGGGGGAGCUUCAUGCCCAGCUCUUCCAGUCCACGGGCUCCAUGGAGGACGUGCCGGACCUUCUGACGAGCUCGGGUCUGAUGAUGGCAGGGUCGGAGAAGGACGGAGACAAUCUCAUCAAAGCGUGCCACGUCCCGCGAAAAGCCCACGGGAGCCCGCUGCAGCAGCUGUCCACCUGGGAAGCGGUGGCUUGUGGGAAGACGGAGGAUCAGAUGCUGGUGUCGGAACCAGCGCGUAAAUACAUGAACACUUUCUCCACCAGGACGCUAGUCAUGUAAAAGGGCCUGAGUGAAACCCCUAUGGAAAAAAAACAAAA